GGAGCCUUCUGCAGUUUUAUUUUAUCUAAGUUUCUUUUCCCCCUUUAAACCGUUUUCUUCUUCGCUUCACAAUAAACACAACUCCACCAACCCGCCCCCCCCUUCUCUCUCCCCUCGUCUUUUUCACAAACACAAAGCAAGCCAAAAAAAAAAAAAAUUUAAGAAAAUUUAGAAGAGCCAAUUUUGUAUUAAUAUAGAUAGGUCUCUUUCGUCUCUCAGUCUCUUCUUCCCUGCGCAGAGGAAGUCAAGGGAAUGCAAUUUUAGGGUUUUCUCUCUUGUGCGCAGACUGCUUUGGAUAAGGUGUUAUUUAACGGGGAAUAGAAAGCAGAGUUAGGGUUUGGUUUGGAGGUGCAUUGCAUUGGGUUGGGGUUGAUUUUCUUUGCCAGGGUCAAAUUUUAUUUUCUUUGAUCAUAUACACUUAUACAGUGUUUGCGUUAAAUGGGUAAAUUUGCUUAGUUUAGGAUGGCUUCUUGUGAAAAUUCGGCUUUUGUUGACGGUCUUUUGUGUGAGUCUGUUACAGAGCAGCAGAUGGGCUCAGAGAUUUUGGUGCAAUCUAUUUCUGAGCUGCCCUCCUGCUCGGACGAUAAGUCUUUACUUGAUUCUAAUGUGGACCCUAUCAGUAUAUCAGAUAGGUCUCUGGGAUUGUCUAGGAAUGACAAUGCUGAUGCUGGUUGUAUGAGCUGGGUUGAGAUUGUAGAUGUUGAUAUAGAUGGUUUGAUGGGUGAGCAUGAAAAUGCUAAUGUUUCGGAACCGGGAAAUAUUUUGACCAGGGAAUGGGGGCUGAACAGAUGUUGCUUGACUGAAAAUCAGAGUAAUGUUGAUGACUCAAAUAGGGAAGGUGGGCCCCAAGGUGAGGAUAGAUCUGCUGGUUCAUUUGGGGACUGUGAAAUCCCUUUGGAAGUCAUACCUCAGACUGUUUCACCAGGACAUGGUAUCCAACAGGAUGAGCAAAGGUAUGAUAAUUAUCUGUUUUCUGAAGGGGUUAGGGAAGUUACGGAAGAGAUGAAGAAUGAUAUCCAUGAACUAGUCUCUCCUUUACAGGGUUGUGAAAUUCCCUCAGAAUUAGCUGACAUGGAAGCUUGUGGAAGCUCCCAACAAGAAGAGAAGGGUUUCAACAUCAUAUCUGGUUCCUCUUUUGAAACUGCUUGUGAGGAAAGUGUUGUUUUGGCCAGGAUAGAAGCAGAUUUGUGCAAGAGGACAUCACCUAAACGGGAUGGUGGAAUGCCUUCGGAAGUAUCAUAUGCAUGUGAUUUAGUAAGUAAUUGUGUCUGGAAGAAUGAAGAGAUGGAGGACAAUGGUGUUAGUGGUCUGAAUAGUCUCUCUACAGAAAGGACUACAGAGGUUGUUGAGACGAGGUGCAACCAAAUAUUGCCUUCACAAGGUUUCACUCAACAGAAUGAUCAGAGGAGUGAUAAGGUUAAUGGCGGUUCCUUUGUUGAAAGGGCUACAGAGUAUUUGGAAGAGACAAGUGAUGCUCUGCCAGAUGAAAGGGCUUUAAUUCACACCCAGAUAUUACCUGUAAAAGCUAAUGUUUACUAUUCUAAGGAAGGUUCUUCCAAAGUAGCCCCUGACUGCGUUAUUGAGAACUCUGUUUCCAUGCAGUCAUGUCAAACCUUUGGGAUUGCCAAUAACAGUGUCAAUGGGCCCUCUGCUGAUAGUGUUACAGAGGUUGUUGAGAUGGAAAGCCAUAUUGAUGCGCACAAUCAAAUAGUGCCUCCAGAGGGUUGCCAGAGGGCCUUUGAAGGUUCACACGUGUCAGAUUCACCAAGUGUUUGCACCCAAGAGAAUGGCGAGAGCAAUGGUAAGAUUAUUGGUUUUCUCACUGCCAAAAGGGUAACAGAGUUUGAAGAACAGAAAAGUGAUGCUACAACCGACAUAAAGGUUGAAAUUGGUGCCCAGAUAUUACUACUGGAGGAAAAAGCCUCCAAUCUGAAGGAAGGUUCUUCUGAACUAGCCCCCAAAAGUAUUCAUGAGAAAUCUGUUUCUAUGCAAUCGUUUCAACCUUUUGAUAUCGUCAACAGUGGUUCUUCUGAGAAGCUGGAUGUACCAGAUAAGGAUUCUCCUGCUCAUGUUGAUUCUAGCACUUCAUUUGACCGUUAUGGAGAGAUGGAUCAUGAAGGAAAUGAUAAUGUCAGAGUUGAUUGUGUUUCUAACACCAAAUGUGUUGCAUUGUCUUCUCGAAGGAGCGGCCGAAGCCGCAAGACUCAGACAAAAAGGGCUCCAAGGAAAGGCAGGAACACAUCUAAAGUGUUAGACCCGCUUGGAAGUGUUGAAAUUGUCUUCAAGGCUGCUGGAAGGAAGAGGAGCUGCCUUUCCAAACCAGCUCGUUCUUCUAUCUGGGGAUUAUUAGGGAAUGUUACACAAUCUUUUGAAGAGAGUAACAGGCUUGAGGUCAGUCAAGGUCUGAUUCAAGGAGGAUCACAGAAAGGAAGGGGUGGCCAAAGAAGUGGAAAACGGAAUCCAAGUGGGGCUAGUGGAAACUCACGAGGGUCAAGGGGGAAAUGCCGUGCUUCAACUAAUCAUGUUCGUUUGAAGGUUAAAUUGGGGAAAGAAAUGGGUAAAAGUUCUUUCUAUAUCAGAGUACCUGAGGUUGUUGAUAACACAGCAUAUGAAAAUUCUGUUGAAAAAGAGAAUGGCAUUGAGGGUAAUUGGAAUAAAGAAGCCACUCUUAGGGAGGAUAAAACUUGUCCAGAUGCUCCUCUUCUGGAUGGAGAUCUGGCUAAUAAGGACUUGGAGAGUGUUGUUCUUACAGAGAAUUCAGCUGAAGAUGUGAUAGAGAAUUUUCCUGGGGGUUCAUCUCAUACAAUUGCUGUAUCAUCAGGAGGAUCUGUUGGGACUAACUAUAGAGAUCCUGGAACUUCACCUGAUUCAGAAGUAACCAAUUUAGUUCCGGAUGCAGAUGUUGAGGCAAGACCACUGGAAGAUUCUAAUGGUAUUGUUUUGACUUCUGACAAGGCUUUUUCUGCUUCUGGAGACUUUAUUAGCACUAAGAGAGGAAAGAAGAAACAUAAAGUACCUCAUGCGGAAAAUUGUGUUCGGGAAGAUGGUAUACCGUGUCCAGCAAGCAUAAAUAAAGAAAAACCAUCAAAACAAGAUGGACGCAGACAGAAUGUUAGUCAGGAUUUUUGCCCUAGUGAGACAUUCACUUCAUCCACCUGUGCAAAUGCUUCAAGUAAUUCAUCAAGCGACAUGGAAUCAUCUUUGGAGCCCUUGCGUUUGUCAGGAGAAACUGAUCAUGGAAUUUCUAGAGAUGUUCUCGAAGUUGAAAUUGGUGCAGAAGCUAAAACACAUUGCAAUCUAGAUGUAGGCUUAGGGUUAUCAAAAUCACAAUCCUCAAAAACUAAGGGACUGAAGCCUCCGAAGGGCAGGUCCAGAGGCUGUGGCUCAGCGAGCAAGAAAGGUAAUUAUCAUAGACUGAGGGAAAACCAAAAGAAGUCUGUUAAUCAGAAGAACGCUAUGGAGAAGGCUGUUGGCGAUCAGGUUGCCUUCAAAGUGGAAAGUCUUCCAGAAUCAGAUGAUCACUUAGUGGAUGAAAUUAGAAAAUCCAACUCUGUCAAGGAUGCUGUAUGCAUAGGUGUUCCUAACUCGGACACUGUACCUGUUGACUUAGAUAAGCAGUAUGCACCGCUGCGUAAUGCUUGGGUGCUCUGUGAUGAUUGUCAUAAAUGGAGGCGUAUACCAGCUGAGCUUGCAGAUGUUAUAGAUGAAAUAAAGUGCACAUGGACCUGUAGAGAUAACAAGGAUAAAGCCUUUGCUGAUUGCUCAAUCCCUCAAGAGAAGUCAAAUUCAGAGAUUAAUGCAGAGUUGGAUAUAUCAGAUGCGUCAGGUGACGAAGAUGCUUCCGUCACCCGAUUAAAUUAUAAAGAAUUGGAACGUCGGCGCCCAACAGUUUCCCAACAGAAUGUUGCAAGCAUCAAAACUAAUCAGUUCCUUCAUCGUAACCGUAAAACUCAGACUAUUGACGAGAUAAUGGUUUGCCAUUGCAAACCACCUUCAGAUGGCCAGUUGGGUUGUGGAGAUGAUUGCCUUAAUCGAAUGCUUAACAUUGAGUGUAUUCGAGGAGCCUGUCCUUGUAGAGACCUUUGUUCAAAUCAACAGUUCCAAAAACGCCGAUAUGCCAAACUGGAGAAGUUUCGAUGUGGGAAGAAGGGUUAUGGGCUCAGGUUGCUUGAUGAUAUAUUUAAAGGGCAAUUUCUCAUUGAAUAUGUUGGAGAGGUGCUUGAUACACAUGCUUAUGAGGCACGGCAAAAAGAGUAUGCUUUAAAGGCUCACAGACAUUUCUACUUCAUGACAUUGAAUGGCAGUGAGGUAAUUGAUGCAUGUGCAAAGGGAAAUUUGGGGCGUUUCAUUAACCAUAGUUGUGAUCCUAAUUGUCGCACAGAAAAGUGGAUGGUGAAUGGAGAGAUUUGCAUAGGACUAUUUGCAUUGAGAGAUAUAAAGAAGGGCGAAGAGGUGACAUUUGACUACAACUAUGUAAGGGUUUUUGGAGCUGCUGCCAAAAAAUGUUAUUGUGGCUCAGCUCAAUGUCGGGGUUAUAUAGGUGGUGAUCCUCUUGAUAGUGAAGUCAUCAUUCAAGAUGAUUCAGAUGAAGAAUAUAUUGAGCCCGUGAUGAUUCCAGAAGAUGGUAUAUCUGAAAAGGUGGAGAGUGCAUCUACAAAUAAAGAAAUGGAUAAGUCAACAAUUGCUGUUGGGGAAUUGGAGUUUACCACACAAAGGGAGGAGUUCGUGAACCCAUCUGAAUAUGCUGUUUCGCAUAUACAUGAUUCACUGGAACUGGAGCACUCAAGACAAAAAUUACCAUCUUCUGUCCAACCAGUUGAAGAGAUUUUAAGGGAAAAUGAGACUAAAGAAAAAUCCUCAAGCUCAUUUGAAAGACUAGAGAUUGCUUCUCCAAUAAAAGUUCUUAGCAAGUCUUUAUCUGAUGGCAUUGAUGCUAACAGGAAGUCCAAGUCUGACACCACUGAAGAUAGGCAGGUUUCUUCUAAAGUGCGUCCUAAUGUGAAAACUUCCCGUUCAUCCAGUUUUGUGAAGAAAGGCAAAGUGAGGAUUAUCCCAAGUGGUAACAAAAUUCAAGUGGCGGCCAACAAAUCUCAUGUGCUUUCUAUCAAACCCAAAAGAUUAACAGAAGGUUCAGUGGAGGAGAAGCUUAAUGAGCUGUUGGAUGUCGAUGGAGGGAUAAAUAAACGGAAAGAUUCCACUAAAGGCUACUUGAAGCUUCUGUUCCUAACUGCAGUAUCAGGUGAUAGUGGCAAUGGUGAAGCAAUUCAGAGCAAUCGAGAUCUUUCGAUGAUCCUUGAUGCGCUUUUGAAAACAAGGUCACGGGUGGUUUUGAUUGAUGUAAUAAAUAAAAAUGGUUUGAGAAUGCUACACAACAUAAUGAAGAAGUACAGAGAAGACUUCAAAAAGAUACCAAUCCUCCGGAAGCUUCUGAAGGUCCUAGAAUAUUUGGCUGUAAAGCAGAUACUUACGUUGGAACAUAUUACUGGAGGUCCUCCUUGCCCUGGAAUGGAGAGCUUUAUGGAGUCAAUGCUAUCAUUGACAGAACACAAGGACAAACAGGUCCACCAAAUAGCACGGAACUUUCGAGAUAGGUGGAUCCCUAGACAUCUCAGAAGACAUGGCUUUGUAGACAGGGAUGAUAGCAAGAUGGAAUUUAACAGGGGUUCAAACUGCAACAGAUUAUCCACAUCACAUGAUAAUUGGCGUGAUCAAAGUGGAAGGUCUACUGACACUAUAGAUAGUAUCAAGCAAUCAGUGCUUUCAACGACUUCUGUGAGUACAGGUGUCCAGGACUGUUCUGCACCUUGUACAGGUGGAUGCCCAACCAGUGUGACAAAAGUUCGCAAGCGUAAAAGCCGAUGGGAUCAGCCAGCAGAGACAAUCCCUGAUUCAAGUUCACUGCAGAACAAAGAACAGAAGACCGAGUCUGGAUUGCAUAGACCUAGUCCAUUGUCUGGGACAGGUGAAGUGGCAUUGCAUUUAGAGAGGGUGAGUGGCGACGACGGAAAUUGCUCAAGCAGUGUGCAUGAUUACUCUCAGCAAAAUGAUGGAGCUCAGAUCAACCUUGAGGAUGUUCCUCCUGGGUUUUCAUCUUACAUUAGAACCCCUAUGGUUUCAUCUAUUGCUUCGUCAUCAUUUUGUCCUUUGAAGUGUCCUGCUGCAGUUAUAGGGCAUCCACAAGAGAAAUUUGUUUCUCGCUUAUCUGUCUCGUAUGGAUUUCCACUGUCAAUGAUGCGGCAGUAUGGGACACCACAUGCUGAAACUGUAGGGACUUGGGCUGUUGCACCUGGCAUACCUUUUCAGCCUUUUCCACCAUUGCCCCCCUUUCCCCGACAUAAGAAAGACCCUUCACCUUAUCCUACCGUCAAUCAUGUAUCAGGUAAUCAACCUGCAGGAGGACAACCGGACUGGUGUGUUCCUGCAACUUCUCAGUCUGAAGAAAGCACUCCAAGCACAACUGGUUCCAAUCUGGCAGACUUUGGCAGUCCAUGUGCAAACAAUCAAUAUUCAUCUAAACGAGUUAGAGAAUCCUCGAAUGAUUUGGGAAGGAGAUACUUCAAGCAGCAGAAGUACUGGAAUAAUACAAAAUUGAGGACCCCAUCUUUCAGUGACCGAAACGGGUGGGGAUGUACUGGAAACAACUCCGGAUGUGGUACAGCAGAUGGCAUAGGCGUAGGACAUGUAGCAAAUGAGCUUAGUACUUCAUAUUGUUCAGAGGAUUUAAGCUAUAGGGUGGAGAAAGCUGGGAAUAAUGUCAAUCAGCAUUCACAUCACCAUUAAUCAACAUUCAUUCGUAGGAUGAGCUACUUUUGCUUUAUACCUCAAUGUGUUCCCAAUUCUUUUGUUUCUGGGUUUAUUUAAAUGAAAUUUUAUUCAAUGUUCAAGUCUUGGAAUUGAAGUUAUAGUACUAAGACCUCAUGAAAAAGAUGCUCCUGUCUGGUGAUGUGCUCUUAUAAAAUAUUGAUCCAUCGACUAACACCUCAAAGAGGUAUGUCAUCUUUUAUUUACAUUAUAAGGCUUAUGAAUGAUUUUUUUUAAGAUAUAUAAAAGGCAUUUAUCAAUUUUGAACCC